UGUUUUCCCAUCAGCGUCAUGGCGCUGGCACCCAAGGGCAGUGGUGUUGGAGCUUCGGAGGUAUCGUUUCGAUCUGAGAUUCCGUCCAGCGCAGAUAUGUUGGAGGAUCUGCCAGAGGAACUUUUGAGGUCUGUGACUCUUCCUGUGGCAUUGAGAGGCCUUGGAAAGGAGUGGAGACAAAGAGAUCCAUCCUUUGGAAAGUGGAGGCCUCAUCUAACGAUGGCGCAGACGCAACGCUUCGACUACUUUCUGAGCCAUGAUUGGGGAACUUCCGGUUGGAUGAAGUACUUUAGCUUGUUGAUUUUCUUCAACAGCAGGGCAUCAGCUUUGGUGACCUUUGUUUCCAGUAGUCUUUUGGGAGUUCUCUCGGGGAUGGAACUUCUGCCGAAAACAGUUUGGUGGCUGAUCCUCGGUCAACUGGUGGCUCUGGUGGUCCUCUUCUUCUGGCAGCAUCUGCGGGAUGUGUUCAGCCGUGAGAGACUCUUCGUUGACAGUCUCUGCAUACCACAGCAUGAUGAAGGUUUAAAGUCUCAGUGUAUUUAUGGACUGGCAUCAUUCUUGAAGCGGUCCGAUACUCUUCUGGUUCUUUGGUCUCCAAGAUACUGCACCCGAUUGUGGUGCAUGUAUGAGCUUGGUUGUUUCUUGAUGAAACAGAAAAGAGCAAAGCACAUUCUCUUUUUGCCAGUGCAAAUGUCGGUGCUCUGGUUACUCUGCUACCUUCAGGUGGCUGCAAUAUUUGUGACAGCACUCAUUGGGCAGCGAGUCGGCAACGUCUUUGACUGGCAGGAAAUCACCGGAACGCUAAGCCUUGCAGCUGUAAUCUUGAUUCAAGUCUUGGUGCUUUACCCAGCAUAUUUCUACAUCAUGAAUAGCAUGCUUGCGGAUAUGAAUCAAUUGCCAAGGCUUUUUCGAGACUUUGAAUUGGACAGAUCCGAAUGUUUGUGUUGUUCUUGCCAGCACCGGCAUCCCAUCACUUUGGAGGAACUCCCAUGCGACCGCCAACUGAUCUAUGAAAGUUUAAAGCAUUGGUCAGGUGAGGCUGGCGAUAUCCAAACCGUGUUCAAGACACAUUUGGAUGAGCAUGUCAUGCCAUCAGUGGAGCAAAACUUCCGAAGUUCCGCGCUCUUCGUGCGGCCUCUGAUGUCCGCAGCAUUGGUGGCAUCGUGCCCCUUUAUUUGCGACUUCAUGUCCGUGGAAUUUACAAAGCUUGUUCGGAAAAUGAAAGGAAACAGCUUCCGCAAUGCAGGGCUCCCAGUCUACGUCUUCUUCCUGUCCCUAUGCCUGGUCCGCUGCAGUUUGUUGCUAGGGCGACUCGGGGUGCGAUGGAAAGAACACCCAAGGUGUGCAGUGCUGUUUCAAGUGCUGGCAUUCUUAUGCAUCAGUCAAUUCUUGGGCAUGGGUUACCCAUUGGCUGUGGCCGUGACCUGGAUUAGCUGAGUGAUUUUUUGAACAUUUUCCCAUGAAUCCACCAUGACGGGGGGAAUUUUCUAGUUCUUUUUUGGGAGGGGACUCCUUAAGCAGAUCAUUCAGGUGGGUUCAAAAGGGUUUAAGUUCACAGCCAUCAAUCUUUUACCCUUCCUUCUGCUGUGCAUCGUCAUGACCUGGAGUAUGUGUGUAUAUCAACGCGCACUCACAAGUUGGUCCAGGAUGUCUCUAGUGAAGAGCAAGGCUGCGAAAAAACCCGCCAAAAAGGAAGUCACAGUUGAGCUCAACGAGAUCGAUGGAUCAAUUUGCUCUGUGGACUCUGGGUCGACUGUUGGGAUUUGAUGCAUCUUUUCACCGUCAGCGUGCCAAUCUCCAAACGGAGAAGUAGCACAGACCCGAAAAGUGGGGCGAAAACCAACAUGUCCAUGAGCUGAAAUGGUAGUCACUGGAGGAAUUACGACACCAUGUUCUAGAGAAUUAGAGAAUGUUCGUUUUGGACAUGAGCAGAGAUCAGAGUUGGCCAGAAACACUGGAUUGCAAAUACUUGGC